CACCGGUCACGUGGUGCGGAUGCCCUUCCACACUGCGAGGAAAACAUGGCUGCGCUCUUGAGAUCAGCCCGUUUACUGAAGUUUUCGCCUUCGGGCUUACUUCACAUCACAGGGACCAAAAGAACCGGGCCGCCGCUCGGUCGGCUGUACAGUGGAGCUACCGGCGGCAGACGAGCGGGCGUUUCUUCCAGACGGAUCUCCCCUGGUUUGGAAAAUGCGUCCAGACCUGUGUGGCCGCACGCAGCGGGAGGCACGCGUGGCUUCGCCGUAGCCACAGAGCAGAAGGAUGAGUCCAGCCUCGCGGUGCGAUCCAAGCAGGCGCAGCAGUUUGACUGGGCCCUGGCCAAGCUGGACAGCUCUGUGAGGAGGACUGGCCGCAUCACCAAGACCCUACUGCAGCGCAUCUUCCAUGAUAUCUGCAGGACUGGCUAUCCCAGCGGUAACCAGGCUUUGUUGUUGCUGCGUAGCUGUGGUUCCCUGCUGCCAGAGAUUCCUCUGGCAGAGCGCAGUGAGCUGGCCCACCGCAUCUGGGACAAGCUGCUUGAGCUUGGUGCAUCAUAUGAUGUUAGCCACUACAACGCCUUGCUGAAGGUUUAUCUGCAGAAUGAGUUCAAGUUCUCCCCCACUGACUUCCUGGCCAAAAUGGAAGCAGCCAAAGUCCUCCCUAACCGAGUUACCUACCAGAGACUCAUUGCAGCCUAUUGCCAAAAUGGAGACAUCGAAGGAGCCAGCACCAUCUUGGGUUUUAUGAAGAGCAAAGACCUGCCCAUCACUGAAGCCGUGUUCAACUCCUUGGUAACAGGCCACUCUCGUGCAGGGGACAUUGAAAGUGCUAAGAACAUCCUGUCUGUGAUGCGUGGGGCAGGAAUUGAACCAGGACCUGACACUUACGUAUCACUGCUCAGUGCCUACGCUGAGAAGGGAGACAUGGACAGUCUUAAAAAGACUCUGGAAACACUGGAGAGUACAGACUGCAGUCUAAUGGACAGGGACAUCAUGCAGGUGAUCUUCGCCCUGGCCAAGUCCGGACACCAGGAACACGUCCCAGAGAUGGUCGAGCGUAUGAGACAUGAGAAGGGCUAUGUGCCAGAUGCUAUGAACCUGUGUCUGAGCCUCAUCACCCAGGGCCAGGAGGACACGGCUUUCCACAUCCUGAAGACCUUCCCUGCACUGCAAGCUGACAGCUUAAGCACCGACUCUCCUAGCCUGGGCAACUUCUUCCUAAGACACUGUGUCAACAUUAACACGCCACUGGAGAAGAUUGGCCGCUACUGCAGAGAACUCCAGGAAUCAAACCUGCAUGCUUCACCGCUUCAGUUCACUCUGUCCUGUGCCCUGGAGGCCAGGAAGACUGGUAUGUCCUUCGAGCUGAUGAAGAUGUUAAAGGAGCAGAAUUUACCCGUAAGGCCACACUACUCCUGGCCCCUCCUGACGCAGCAUGUGAAGGAUAAAAACACAGCAGGUGUGCUGGAGGUGGUGAAGGGCAUGCAGGAGCUCGGGGUGUCCCCUGAUGUGGAGACUUACACCAGCUACAUCUUCCCUGCCUUCUCCAGCACGGACGCAGCGCGCCAGGCCCUCCAGGACACAGGACUCUCCCUGGAGUCGGAGGGCUUCGUCGCUUCAGAGGUUCGCUCAGCGGCUCUUAGCAACCUGGCCAAGCUCUACACCAUGUUGUCGGCUCCUUCCUUCCCCUCGAUGGACCUCAGUGUUUUCCGCGGCAGCCUCAUCCUGGGCUUCAAAAAGUCUGCUGAUGUGGAGAGCAUGGUCAAGAUUACUGAGCUCAUAUUCAAAGAUGAGCGUUUCUCCAGGGGGAACUACAAGCCUGCCGAGUCCGCAUCCUAUUUCUUGUACAAUGUGAUGGACAGCAUGACGGAGACAGAGGUGCAAGCGCAGGAAGACAAACUGCGGAAAUACUUCACUCUGCUAAAGGACCAGAACGUGACGAUCUCAGUAAACAUCUACAGAGGCAUCAGGAACCUCCUGGACUCCUACCAUGUCCCAGAGCUCAUCAAGGAUGUGAUCGUGCUGGUGGAUCCCAAAGACCAGACACCCAAUGGCUCUCUGUCAGCGGCUCCCCCUGUCACCGACAAAGUGAUGGUGCUGGAGAAGAAACUGGCCGAACUGAAAGAGCUGAAAGAGAAGAACGAACCGAUUGGCCCUGUACUCAAACAAGCCAUAGUGUUGCUCUGUGCUGAGGAGAAUUUGGAGCGUGCCCUUGAGCUGAAGCAGCAGUACGAGGAGGAGAUGACAGCCGGCGGCUACGCCACCCUCAUCAACCUCUGCUGUCGCCACGACAGUGUGGAGGAGGCGCUCAACCUGAAGAGAGAGCUGAGUCGUAAGGACUCAUCAGUGGCUCUGGAUGCCAAUAAAUACAUCGCCCUGGUCAAGGCCCUCUCCAAGCACGGCAGAGUCGAAGAGGCCGUGGAGAUGCUGAAGGAGAUGAGAGAGAAGGAGGUGGUGGUGAACGACGCAAACGUCACCACACUCUUUCACAUGCUCAAUGCCUUAGCGGUCAAGGGCAACGCCCCCACCAUCCGACGGCUCCAGGACACCAUCUUCACUCUGGGACUGGCCAAGCCCACUGCCAACCUUUGCUCCCCUCUGAUCACAGCCUACCUGGACAGCAAAGACCUGCCCGGAGCUCUUGAGGCAGCCAUCGAGUGCCAGAAGUGCUACAACCAGCUGCCUCGUAUCCACGACAUCCUUGUUGGCCUGGUGGAAAACGGAGACACAGAAAUGCUGCAGAAAGCCAUGGACUUUGUGAGUCAGGAGCGAGGAGAGAUGACCAUGCUCUACGACCUCUUCUUCGCCUUCAUGCAGACUGGUCGCUACCGUGAGGCCCGCAAGAUUAUCGAGACCCCUGGGCUGAGAGCAAGGCCCGGACGCCUGCAGUGGUAUGCAGAGAAAUGCAUUGCCAGCAACCAGAUGGAGGCCUUGGAGCAGAUGGUGGACAUAACAGCCAAGCUGUUUGAGUGUGACAGAGAUGAGAUGUACAGCUACAUCCUCCGUCUCUGCAAGCACACCAACGACUGGCAGAAGGCAGAUGCAGUGUGGACUAAGAUGCAGGAGGAGAACAUCAUUCCCAGGGAGAGGACACUGCGUAUGCUGGCAGAAAUCCUGAAGAAUAAUGGCCAGGAGGUGCCCUUCGAGGUGCCUGAGGCCUGGUAUGAACAAGCUGCCGCCACACAGCAGGCCAGGCCGCCCAAGUCAGCCAGCGCCCCCGCCACAGCUGAGGGUGGGUCGGACUACCAGGUGCGCCUGCUGGCACUCUGCAAGAGGGGAAAAGCCAAAGAAGCCUAUGGACUGCUGAAGGACGCUGAUAAAAAGGGUGUGGCAUUAGGCCCCUCCCCUUAUGACCAUGUCAUCCGUGCGCUGCUGGCUGAGGGAGCCCUGGAAGAUGCCAUGGUAGUCAGAGACAUUGCUGCAACUCGUAUACCAGGCUUCCAGCUAAGUGACUCUGCAACCAACCUUCUCAUCAUCACACACAGUAAGAGAGGCCAAGUGAAAGACGGCCUUGCAGUUCUCAAGUCGAUGCUCCAGGUGGACCAGGUGCCCAUGCCACUUGCCAUCACCAAACUGGUACAGGCCCUCGGUAGCCACGGCGAUGUGGCGGGCAUUCAGGAGGUGGAGUCACAAAUGAAGGGCCUCGGCACGCCCCUCAACCUCUCCAGCAUGCUGUUUAUCAACAACAUGGCCCUGGCACACAUCAAGAAUGAUGAUGUCGAAUCUGCAGUAGAGCUAUUGGAGACUGUCUACACCAGUCCAGGCAGCACAGGCCCCAGCAUGUCCUUCGUCUUUAGAAGGAUCUUGGAAGACAACAACGACAAAGCCAUUGACAAAUUGAGUGCUAUGGCAGAGCAGCUAGUCAACCACUUCGCUUGCUACAGACCAGCUUCAGACCUUUUCCUUCAGCUAGUGGAUAUGGACAAAGUAGAGGACGCCAAAUUUAUGUUAGCUCGGUGUAAUGCCGUGGCCGAACAGAAAGAGGUGCUGGUGUCCUACAUGUCUCGGAAGGCCCAGAGUCCCGGACAGGUGGGCAAGAUCAAGACCCUUUUGAGCCUGAUCCCAGACUUUGCAGCGAAGGAGGUGGUCUACCCCUACCUGAUGAAAUGUCAUGCUAUAGAUAAGGACCUGUCAUCAGCCAAGGCCCUGUAUAAUGUGAUGCUGCAGGAAGGGGUUGCAGUAGAUGAGCUGUCACUCAAACGGUUGGCCGUGCUCUAUCGCGAAGCAGGAGAGACGGCGCCCUUCCCUGAGCCCCCUGAGUCCUUUAAGUUUUAUGCAGACAAGCUGAAAGAGAGAGCUGCCAAAGCCCAGACGACAGCAGAAGAAUAGACUCAUCCUCCCCUCUUCUUACCUCCGCCCAAACCCCACUGUUGUCUUCUUUUGUCGUUUUCUUUUUUUUUAUAUAAGUUGGUUGAGCCUAAAUGUUGUGGAAUACUGUGUUAUUACUGUCGGAUGAAAAAUUCUGUCCACCGAUGAUGUUGAUGAUGUACAGAAGUAUUUAUGCUAAUAAAUAAUGUUAGGAAUGAAGA